CUUCUUCGCUUCCGUCAACUUUCCCGCGGCUGUUCCCAAACAUGGCGGACUACGAGGAGGAACAAAACCUGCUGGGAGCAGAGGAGGACGAGGACUCCCUACCCGUCAGACCGGCGAGCGACCAAACUGGUAGACCGCUUCUUGCCAUCUGCGACCCGGCACACCUCCUACACAGGAUCGUUGUCCUGGUUUUUAUGUGUUUCUUGGGAUUUGGAAGCUACUUCUGUUAUGACAACCCUGCUGCUCUUCAGACUCAAGUCCUCCAGGAUUUGAGUCUGAACACAGCUCGGUUCAUGCAGCUGUAUGCUUGGUACUCUUGGCCCAAUGUCAUUCUCUGCUUCUUUGGUGGCUUCCUGAUUGACAGAGUCUUUGGCAUCAGGCUGGGAACCAUCCUCUUUUCCCUUUUUGUUUGUGUUGGGCAGGUAAUCUUUGCUAUUGGCGCUUUGGUGAAUUAUUUCUGGUUGAUGGAAAUUGGACGUUUUAUAUUUGGAAUUGGAGGGGAGUCCCUGGCGGUGGCCCAGAACACAUAUGCAGUCAACUGGUUUAAAGGGAAGGAGCUCAAUCUGGUGUUCGGCCUUCAGCUGAGCAUGGCUCGCCUGGGCAGCACAGUCAACAUGAACAUCAUGGGUUGGGUUUACAGCAAAGUGGCUCUUCUUGUCGGCCCUCCGGGUUAUCGCACACUUGGCGUCUCGCUCAUGAUAGCUGCUGUAACCUGCAUAUUCUCACUAAUCUGUGCUCUGGUGUUGGCAUUUCUCGACAAAAGAGCUGAGAAAAUCCUCCAAAAGGAGCAGGGCAAAACAGGUGAGGUAAUUAAACUGACCGAUGUGAAAGACUUCCCUUUCCCCCUGUGGAUCAUCUUCAUCAUUUGUGUGAGCUACUACGUGGCCAUCUUCCCUUUUAUUGGACUGGGGCAGAUGCUCUUCAUCGAGAAGUUCAACUUUUCCCCCGCUGAAGCCAGAGCUGUCAACAGUAUUGUUUACAUCAUCUCGGCACCCGCCUCUCCCAUUUUGGGCUUCAUGGUGGACAAGACGGGAAAAAACGUGAUUUGGGUGAUAUGUGCCGUGUGCACCACGCUCGCCUCUCACAUGAUGCUGGCCUUCACCUUCUGGAACCCGUGGAUCGCCAUGUCAUUGCUGGGUGUGUCGUACUCCCUACUGGCAUGCGCCCUAUGGCCCAUGGUUGCCUUUGUGGUGCCCGAGCAUCAGCUGGGGACGGCCUAUGGCUUCAUGCAGUCCAUCCAAAACCUUGGGCUUGCGCUCAUCGCAAUGGCAGCAGGAGCCAUCCUAGACAACAAAGGAUACCUGGUCCUCCAGGUCUUUUUCUGUAUCUGCAUAUGCAUUGCAUUGAUGGCCGUGGUGAUGCUUUACUUUGUGGAUUAUCUAAGAGGAGGGGAUUUGAACCGGUCAGCUGCCGCCAGAGCCAAACUCCAGAAAGAAGCCACUUCAGAUGCAGAAUAAUGAUGAUGAUGAUGAUGGUGUUGAGGGAUCGCUCACGGUCCUGGGCGCACAGAGCCAGCUGGCCGCACUGCCCACCCCUCAGCUGUCGGUUAUGAGCCGUUGGGGCGGGACUGCGCUACUGACUCCGCCCAGCGCUGUCAUCUGUGGCGCUUCCUCACCACAACUGACUGUCUGGAGAUAAUAUUUGGUUGUGUUCCUGUGAAGGACGCAUUUUGUUUUGUUUAUUUUAUUCUUUUUAUUUUUUUUUAAGAAGGAAGUUGAGUUGCAUGCGCCUUUUUAAUGUAUCAACCUCAAAUUACUUUGUUAUCCUGGUUUUACACAAGUGCUUUUUAAAUGCUUUUAUGUGUUAUGUUGUCUUUUGCACACAUCAUUCAUGAGUAUGUGAUACUUUAUGGUGGAUAAUAGGGGUAUUUGCACCUGUAAAUGUUAAAAACUCAUCAUGUAAUCUCCUAAUUUAAUGUGCUCCUCACUGGUUUGGGGGCUCUUUGAGUGCAUGUUGUUAUAAGUAUGCAAUGAGAGGCACUUUUGUCUACAUUUAACCACUAUGAUAUUUUAUAUUUUUAAGAAUGUUUGUCAUUUUGAGGGCUGUUUUUGAUCGUUGAUCAAUAUUUGACCUGUUUUUUGUCAAACCAAGUUAAUUUUCUAUAAAAGAUGAUUGACUUCAACAACUUUAUAGUAUGGUGUAUUUCCCUC